GGAAAUCCGUCCUCGGGUCGCUACGGCUACGGGUCCGCGCGCGGAGGCGGCGGGGGGUCAAAGCGCGUUUCGUGUUGCAGGGCGCGGCGUGCGGCGCAUGGAACCCUGAUCGCGUUGACCCGCGGAAGGCGCCAUGACCCCAGAGGAGCAGACGUACCUGCUGGUGCUGCUGGUGUCGCUGCCGGCCGGCUUCGUGCUCAAGAAUGCGCCGAGUCCGCUCGGCAAGCGGCUCGGUGCCGCCGGGCUGGGGGUGGCCAUCACUCUGGUGCUGUGCGGCGCACACAUCUUGCACUCCCUGCUCACCACGGCGCUCACUUGCCUCAUCGUGCGCAUGACACCCAGGCACUGUCACACCAUUACCCUGGUUUGGACCUUCACUUAUCUCAUGUUCUUCCGGACAUGCCACCACUUCGGCUUCCCGGGACCUCCACCGUACGCUAAUGCAAUACAGUUACUGCUCACCCUCAAGUUGGUAAGUCUGGCCAAUGAAAUCAACGAGUUCCAUUUUGGUACGAAGAAAGGGGACUCGAAAGACGGCAAAAUUUCGACCAGAGACCUUGUGUCCGAGCCCAGCCUUGUGGAGACCUUCUGCUAUGCCUACUGCUACAUCGGCUUCAUGACGGGUCCCUUCUACCGGUUUCGCACGUACCACGACUGGGUGCAGGAGCAGCAAGGAGCGCAUGUGCCCAGCUGGAAGCCCAUGCUGCUACGGCUGAAGCACGUGCCCAUGCUCGGGGCGUUCUUCCUCCUUGCCUCGGCCUUCUUCAACCUGGACGAGGCGCGGCAGGACGACUUCUACGAGCGCGGCCUCCCCUACCGCCUGUUCUUCAUGGUGCCGAUGUUUUUUAUUUUCCGCAUGCGGUUCUACGUGGCCUGGAUCCUGGCGGAGUGCACCUGCAUGGCCGCGGGGCUCGGGGCCUACCCGCGCGAGGCCAAGGCACGCUCGGGAGGGGGCCCCACAAUGCAGUGGGUUCUCAAGUCCAGUGAUGAGCAGGAGAGCCGCACCGUGGAAUACGACUACGAGAGCAUCAAGAACAUCGACUACUACAGCACGGACUUCUGCGUGCGCGUGAAGGACGGCAUGCGCUACUGGAACAUGACGGUGCAGUGGUGGCUGGCUCAGUACAUCUACAAGAAGGCCCCGUUCAAAUCGUACAUCCUACGGAGCGCGGUUACGAUGCUGAUCAGCGCGUUCUGGCACGGGAUCCAUCCCGGCUACUACCUGAGCUUCCUCACCAUCCCGCUGUGCCUGGCGGCCGAGACGUCCAUGGAGCGCGCGGUACGGGACCGCCUGCCCCCCUCGCGCACGCCGCUCUUCGACUGGGUUCACUGGUUCCUGAAGAUGCGCGCGUUCGACUACAUGUGCAUGGGCUUCAUCCUGCUGAGCUACGAGGAGACCGUCCGCUACUGGCGCUCCGUCUACUUCGUGAUGCACGUGGUGACGCUGGGGUUCGCACUGCUCGGCCACGCGCUCUGCCUGCUCCCGAAGACGGUGCGGCGCGUGGCAGUGGCCACCACAGAGUGACCGCUACACAGUGAUCAUAACACGGUGACCACCACAUUGACAACCACACAGAGACCACCACAUUGACAACCACACAGUGACCACCACAUUGACAACCACACAGAGACCACCACAGUGACAACCACACAGAGACCACCACAUUGACAACCACAGAGAGACCACCACAUUGACAACCACACAGAGACCACCACACAUUGACUGCCACAAAGCGAUCACACAGUGACAACCACAGUGACCACCACAGUGGCCACAGCAGAGUGACCACAUGGUGAUACCCCUACCCAACCACACAAUUACCACACAGUUAUACCCCUACCCAACCACACAACAACCACACCGUUAUACCCCUACCCAACCACACAAUAACCACACAGUGAUACCCCUACUCAACUACACAACAACCACACCGUUAUACCCCUACCCAACACAAUUACCACAGUGAUACCCCUACCCAACCACACAAUAACCACACAGUGAUACCCCUACUCAACUACACAACAAUCACACCGUUAUACCACUACCCAACACAAUUAACACACAGUGAUACCCCUACCCAACCACACAAUAACCACACAGUGAUACCCCUAACCAACCACACAACGACUUGUUGUGCGAGCAGGACCCGCACACGCUUCUAUUUGUCCCGGGACCACCAUGCGAGCUGUUACUCCACUCGGUGCUGAUGGUAUCAGUACGGACUGUGCUGACGGUGCGGUCGGUGCUGACGGUGCGGGCGGUGUCGUUGCUGUCGCUGACGGUGUCGGUGCUGAUGGUGCGAUCCGUGUCGUUGGCGCCGACCGUGGUGAUGUCUUUCCGGGAGCCACGGUGGCAAUUCGGUCCGGUCGGAUACCCUAGAGCGACGGUGGCUACCCCUGGGUGCUUAGCGGCCCUGUAAUUAAAAUUUUAAUGCCGAGCGUGUGGAGUGAGGAGGGAGGACCAUUCUUUGUCCCUCGGAAACCAAAUUAGGGAAUAUUGUACCUGAAAUUGUGUUAAUAUCACCUGUUUUAUGUCAUGGAAUUGUCAUUUUCCUAAUAAAUAAAAAUAGGAGUGUGGUGCCCUUGCGUGGUGACGGGAGGCUUGCCGGGCGGUGGCAGCGAAAGCGAUUCUCAAAUCGGCGGCAAACAGGAGCACACGACGUCCAGCUGAGCAUGUGACUACAGCUCGUGUUUAAGUGGGGAAUGUGAGGGGGGCGUGAGCACGAAGAGCUGCGAGUAAUUAAGGCGAUGGCAUGGUGUGUGUGUGUGUAUGAUAUUAGGUGACGGUAUGGUUUGUGUUUAUGAUAUGGGGUGACAGUA